CUGGAGGGUCCAGCCAUGCUGGAGUAGCUUCCCCUGAGAUGGGCAGGAGGAGGCUGGGGUGCGGGCAGUCUCGGGGAGUCCAGCGGAGAAACAGUCCGGGCCAGAUUGGGCAACCAGAUGUUUCCUUUGCUUCAUCCUCCUUCCUGGCCGCCCCGCCCCCACUGCCUCUCAUGCACCGUGGUCUGUUUGCCUCGGGGAUCCCGAAGACAUUGACCCCCUGGAGACAAAGCACUUGUCCCAUAAGGAGGUGCUGGUUUCUUCUCCCUUCUCAUUCCAGGCUCGCCCAACUGUCAGCUCCCCUCCUACCACCAGCCAGUCAUGUGGCCACUAACUGCUGUGUGGCCCUUGGUGCCCAGCCCCUUGGCCUGUUGGCCGCCCUUGAGGGGUACCCACAGUGGGCGAGGUGCUCCCAGAGACCCCCGUGGGCCUUGCGCUCUGGAGACGAAGAGGCAGACUGAUGGGAGCCACCGACUGCCCAAGGGAGAGGGCGGCUCUGAGAUUGUGCCCCCUUAGAAAGGGAAGUUCUCCCGAAUGGCCCCACAGCUAAACCACCCCCAAAUCUUUCCUGGGACCCCUACCGUUCAUAGGACUCAGUGCGGAGGCUGCUGCCGCUGUGUCUGCCCAGAGAGUGUCCGCCCCUGUCCCCGCUGGCCUCCGAGCGCAUGUGUCCAUGCUGGGAAGGGGCUCCGAAGCUGAUGAGAGGUUCGGCAGCUGCAGGACCCUGCCUGGGAAGAUUGGCCGUGAUCAUUGACAUUUUGCAGGAGACACAGAUUUUAUCAACGGUUGUACCAGCGCUAAGCAGACAAGCCACGGGAGAUCCUGGCCUCCUGCUUCUCAGUCUGGUGCGUCCCCCUCUGAACCUUGACAUUCCAGACUGUAGCAGUGUCUUUUGGUGGUUGAAUUGGAAAAUACGCAUUUCUGGAGAAACUCUGUGGUUAUUAGACCAAGGCAACCACCAAGUAUACCUCUCCUACAUUUUCAUGUUCAGUUCAAGACCUUGAUCUUGAAUCCUCAUGAGCUUUAGCUAGUCUAUGACUGCAUUGCCAUAGACAUUCUUCUGAUGCCCACCAAACUCUGUGCUUGGAAGCUUCCAGAGGAGAAUGGACAAGUUUCCUUGGUUCCUUGUAGCUUCCCGGGGAAGGUGCUCCUGUGGCCAGAAGGGAGGAGUAAAGUGAAAAUCCCCAAAGAAGGGCAUUCUUGGGACUCCAGAGAUGGCACAGGGCUCCCUGUGGGUGGCACUCAGUGCAGGCUGUCGGAUGACACGUCACACAUUAGGAUUGGCUUCCUAUGUGCGUGUGGCCAUUCUGUGUAAGCUGCGGGCACUUGUCACAGGGUAUGCAGGUGUGUGUGCGUGUGUGUAUUUAGAGUCUGAAUUCCACGUGGAUCAGGGAAGGAGGGGUCCCUGAAAGCUUGCUAAGUGCCCACUCUGUGCCCAGCCCUGAGCUGGGACCAGCAGGGGCUGCACAGGAAGGAAGGUCACAGCCGGAGGAGACGUUUCUAAGACUGAGAGCCAUUCAGAGACUCUGAGGUCACUGUGCCAGCUUAGGGGUCUGGGCCUUGGGCUGCAGGCUCACAGAAGGGGAGCUCCCUGGGGUAGCCUCAUCAGGGCUGGAGAAGGAUGCUGGCCCUGAUGCCUCCCCACUGGGUGCUCGCCUGGACCUGCAAGGAGUUUCUGAGCCCAGCUGGCCUUGUGCUUUUGGGGGUGUGAUGGGAGGGGUGGCUCAGGUCUGGGGCGCUGUGGGCGAGUAGGGGUCUCAGCCCUGGAAGUAUCUGUGGCAUCUGUGGCACAGCUGGGAUGGGUAGAAGGGUGCAUGGUUCUGGUGGGGGGGAGCGGGUCUCAGCCGGUCCCCGUCCCCGGUGGCUGUGCUCCCUCUGUGCCCUUCAUUUUCUGACCAGCCCUAGGAGCAGAACCUAAAGAAACCGAACAAGGAAGCAGCAGGCACAAAGAAAAGCAGAAGUGGAAACCUUGGAGACUUGACCCUCCUCCUUGAAGGGGCCUGAAGCCGCCUGGCACUGCCGUGGGUGACGUCUGUGCGGAGAAGAUGAGGUGGCCGGACCAGGCCAUGUGGCUGCCGUUGGCUCUGCUGCUUCUCUGGGUCCCAGGCUGUUCCUCUAUAAGUGGCCCCACCUCCAUGACGGGCACCUUGGGGAGUUCUCUGAUCGUGCAGUGUUCAUAUGAAGAGCAAUUAAGAACACAUUUCAAAUACUGGUGCAAAAAGCCAUGUUUUUGGAAAACCGUGGAGACCGAACAGUCAAGCAAAGAAGUGAGGAAGGGCCGCGUAUCCAUCAGGGACCAUCCUGCAAACCUCACCUUCAUAGUGACCUUGGAGAACCUCACAGAGGAUGAUGCAGGAACAUACCGAUGUGGGAUCGAUACGUCCUGGUUAGGAGGAUAUUUGCAAGACCCCGCCGUCCACAUUGUGGUGUCUGUGAUCCCAGCAACAACGUCCGCCCCACCCGCAAACAUCACUGUAACCCAGAUCUCAACAAUCACAGCUGGAAUCAUGACCAUGCCGUCCUCAUCCUCACCCACUGUCCUCAUCACCGUGGGAGCCACCCACAGUGCAAGCAGCCAAGAGGAGUUCCAGCAAAGCCAGGGCGUGGGGCUCCAAGUACUCCUUUCCUUGUUGGCGCUUCUACUGCUUCUGCUGGGGGGAAGCUUGUUCCUGGCCUGGAGGAUAGUUCGUAAGCGGGUCAAAGCUGGUGAGAAUCCAAAACCACUCCGGACCCAUAGUCAGAAUACUCUGCAAGGUGAGCUCUAUUAUGCGAAUCUGGAGCUGCAGGCAAGGACGCUUCAGGGAGAGCCCACACAGCCGAGACAGGAAGAGGUAGAAUACAGCACUGUGAAGAAGCCUUCUCUGGAAGAACUUCACUACUCUUUGGUGGCAUUUGACCCUGAGAGUCAGGAUUCUAAGGCCAACAGGAUUCCCUCCCGGAGGACCCUGGAACAGGAAACAGAGUACAGUGUGAUUAAGAAGACCUAAGCCUGUGUCUCUGGCCCUACCAUCUGGAGCUGUGUGUGGAGCGCAGAGGCUCAGUCCUGUGUGGCUCCAGGAAAAGAUGUGACCCAUGUAGGAUGGUACCUCUGAAUACCUUUAUAAAUCACAGCUCUGUGGAAGUGUGUGGGAUUGCCACGGCAUGGGGAGCACUGGCAGAGAGACUGGGAGAAGGCAAAGGCCCUGAUGAUCGAGUCUCCCUGGUUUCAGAGACAAGGACCCUGAGGCCCAGAGAGAGCAGAAGCUUGCCCAUGGCUCCAGAGCCAGUGGCACAUUUCUCUGGACUCUUGGAUGACUUUUAUUUUUAAUAUUAAGACAUAUCAAUAAAGUGCAAAAUCUCUUGAGAGAGAAGAAAAAAGUUAUUUAAGCAAUGCGUGCUAUGUGUCUGCAAUCCUCUAUUAAAGAAAGCUCCUUACUUUUGAAGGCUGAAUAGUA